AUGUCAGCACCGACAGCCUCUGGGCUGAACGUCAUCGCCCUGAUAUCUGGCGGGAAAGACUCCCUAUACUCCAUCCUCCACUGCAUCAGCAACGGACACAAAGUCGUCGCGCUCGCCAAUCUCUACCCGGAACCGACUCAAACCAGCAGGGAUGACGACGAAGAUAUCGACAGUUUCAUGUACCAGACCAUUGGCCACAGCGUGAUACCCCUCUACGAACAGGCCCUCCGCAUCCCUCUCUACCGCCAGCCCAUCUCAGGCGGCGCCGUCGACACGGCCCGCAUCUAUGGAAAUGUCACCAACGACAAAGACGAGACCGAGUCCCUGGUACCGCUCCUCCAGCGCAUAAAGCAAGCACACCCUGAAGCAAAUGCGGUCUCGGCCGGCGCGAUUCUUUCCACUUAUCAGCGCACUCGGAUUGAAAAUGUCGCAAAUAGACUAGGCCUUGUGCCCCUCGCUUGGCUGUGGAUGUAUCCGUCCCUCCCGCCUCCGGAGGCCAGAAAGUUGGAUCCGCUGGCUAUUGGUCAGACUGGGUUGCUGGAAGACAUGGCUGCUGUCAAAUGCGACGCCCGGAUCAUCAAGGUUGCAUCGGGCGGCUUGGACUCGGGAUUCCUGUGGGAGAAUGUUUCCGGUGCUGAGAGUGGUGGGCGCAUCAUGAGGCGGCGUAUCACGAAGGCUAUGAGUCGGUUUGCGGGUGCGGAAGACAUCCGGGGUGCGGUCCUCGGCGAGGGCGGCGAAUAUGAAACGCUUGCGCUUGACGGGCCUGGGUUUCUAUGGAAGGAGCGAAUCGAGGUCGGGGCCAAGGAGGAGAGGGCCGGUGACGGGGGUGUCGCAUUUGUGAAAUUGCGUCAAGCUCACUGUACGGCCAAAUCGGACAGGGACGUGGCAGAUGGUGUGAAGCCGAGUGAUGUUCGGAGACCGGGAUUGUUGGACGGGGCUUUCGAGUCUGUUCUUGGCUCUAGGUUGGAUGUUUCCUGGUCUGGUGGAUCGAGGAAAAGGGCCAGCUUGGCUCGGUCGCCGGCUUGGUCUGGUUGCGAGCAUGUGCAUCGGCUGACUGGUUCGAGCUGGACGAUUUCCAAUAUCAUUGCGCCUGAGGCUGGUCCCGGGCCUGGGGAGCAGAUGAAAGGAAUUGUACAGAAGGUUGAGCAGAUCUUGAAAUCUUUUAACCAUGCUGAGUCCGGGCCUCGUUCAACAGAGGACAUUGUUUUUGCAACGGUGCUCUUGAAUUCAAUGGCUGAUUUCGGAUCAAUGAACGAUAUUUACGUCUCCAUGUUCGGCAAGCCCAAUCCCCCUGCACGCGUCACAGUAGCUUGUGGAGAUCGCCUGCCUUCAAAUGUCAAAGUCAUGAUUUCCUUUGCAGUUGACCUGGGUGCGAGAGAACGACGCCAAGGCCUGCAUGUACAAUCCAGAUCUUACUGGGCCCCUGCGAAUAUAGGACCAUACUCACAAGCUAUGUCGAUUCCGCUGCGAAAUCCUAGCAGGCUCGUGUACAUUGCUGGUCAAAUUCCUCUCGACCCGGCUUCCAUGGAAAUGACACAGGUUCCCGGGCCCUGGCACGAAGGCUACUGUCUUCGGGCUUUGCUGUCCCUCCAGCACCUCUGGAGAAUCGGUGAAGCUAUGCAGGUGGAUUGGUGGCUCGGCGCAGUUGCUUUCCUGAUCGGCGACGAGCAUACCGAUGACCAAGCCCAGGUAGCGUGGUCCCUCUGGGAGAAGAUGCACACUUUACCAGACAAUGAAGACGAUGAUGACGACGACGGGCCCCAGUUGGACCCAUGGGAUAUAAAAUACGGACGUCGCACCGAAGACUUGACCGAUCACGCUGUAUCUGGUCUACCAAAAUUCACAGCCCUCGUUGAAUCAACCACAUCCAUCCCGCCAUUCCUGGCUGUCCAAGUGGAUCAGCUCCCCCGAGGAAGUGAUAUCGAGUGGCAAGGAUUGGGCAGCCGAUGUGAUCAGGCCAAACAGGAUAUUAAAGGAGCGAUAGCGUCCACUACUGUGGACGGCCAGUUCAAGUAUACUAGUAUCGAGAUCGACGCAGGUUCGUCGAUUGAAAUCUUGGAGCAGAGUCUCAGAUCGGUGAUCGAGACCCACUGUCGAGACUCUAGACUGUCUCAGGCUGUGCUAUAUACCACACACUCGCUGUCUGAGACGUCCUGGCCCGGACAAGUUGUCCCGUGCAGAUCGGUUUGGGGACGGGAAGGUCGCAGGCUGACCGCUGGCGUGGUUUUGCAGCAACUCACUUAG